UGCCCCCCUCGGAGGAAAAGAUGGAGGAGCGGGGCCAGUGGAGCAACAAGAUAGAGUUUGUCCUGUCUGUUGCCGGCUCUAUCAUCGGCCUGGGCAACAUGUGGCGCUUCCCUUACCUCUGCUACAAGAACGGGGGAGGUGCAUUCCUCAUCCCGUAUCUCAUCUUCCUGUUCGCCUGUGGUGUCCCUGUCUUCUUCCUGGAGACUGCCCUGGGUCAGUACACCAGUCAGGGAGGCAUUACCUGCUGGAGGAAAAUCAGUCCCUUGUUUGAAGGUCUUGGCUACGGCACCCAGGUGAUAGUGACUCUGCUUAACUUCUACUACAUCAUCGUUCUGGCCUGGGGGAUUUUCUACCUGUCUUUCUCUUUCUCCUGGGACCUGGCCUGGUCCUCCUGCAACAACACAUGGAACACAGCAAACUGUGUGGAGUUUGAGAGGAGGAACAACUCUGUCAACCAAUCAAUCCACCUAAACAUUACCUCUCCUGUCAUGGAGUUCUGGGAGAGAAGAGCGCUGAGGAUUUCCCCAGGCAUUGACCACAUGGGCUCUCUGAACUGGGACCUGGCCCUGUGUCUGUUCAUCGCAUGGGUCAUGUGCUACUUCUGCAUCUGGAAGGGGGUGAAAUCUACAGGAAAGGUGGUCUACUUCACUGCGACCUUCCCAUAUGUGAUGCUGAUUGUGCUGCUGAUCAGAGGGCUCACCCUGCCUGGCGCCGGGAUCGGCAUCCAGUUUUACCUUUACCCUGACCUGGGACGACUGGCGGACCCACAGGUGUGGAUGGAUGCUGGCACCCAAAUCUUCUUCUCCUACGCCAUCUGUUUAGGGUCACUGACUGCUCUGGGCAGCUACAACAAAUACAACAAUAACUGCUACAAAGAUUGCCUGUCGCUGUGCUUUCUGAACAGUGGCACCAGUUUUGUGGCAGGCUUUGCGAUCUUCUCCAUUCUGGGUUUCAUGUCUUAUGAACAGAAUGUUCCCAUCUCAGAAGUUGCAGAAUCUGGUCCUGGUCUAGCCUUCAUAGCUUACCCCCGUGCUGUGAGCAUGAUGCCUUUCUCUCCUCUGUGGGCCUCCCUCUUCUUCAUCAUGAUUGUUUUUCUGGGGCUUGACAGUCAGUUUGUGUGCGUAGAGAGCCUUGUGACGGCGAUAGUCGACAUGUACCCCGCUGUGUUCCGCCGCAAAAACCGCAGGGAGCUCUUCCUCUUGGGUGUGGUCCUCUUCUCCUUCUUUAUGGGUCUCAUCAUGCUAAUGGAGGGCGGCAUGUACGUCUUCCAGCUCUUUGAUUACUACGCGGCUAGUGGCAUGUGUCUUCUCUUCAUGGCCAUCUUUGAGACUGUCUGCAUUGCAUGGGUCUAUGGUGCAGACCGCUUUUAUGAUAACAUCGAGGACAUGAUUGGCUACCGCCCAGGACCUUACAUCAAGUACUGUUGGUUGUUCUUCACCCCAGCCACGUGCAUUGUGAGUAUAUCAACAAACUAAUUAACUAGUAUCAUAGCUUUCCAAAG